CCGGCGCUGGUUAUUCCCUCGCAACAUCUGAACGGCACAUUACCACCAAAUAAUAGAGCGUAUUGAAUAGAAGCGGACGUACAAUACGUGGCUCUGGGUGUUAUUGAAUCUGUGUGCAAAACUUACUUAUUGGAGUGCAUAUUAAAUUGUACGUGAACGGCAAGAAGUGUGUUUGGCAAGCCAGUGCAGUACAAAGUGGCAAAAGUGGCUUACGAACGAGUAUACCGCGACUACUUGGAUAACAUGCUGACUAUGGAAGGCGACCUGAAAGCAGGCAUCGGGCAUAUGCCGCCCAGCCACCACGCGCUGCCGCACCACGCGCAGCACAUCAGCCACCCGUCGCACUCGCCCAUCUCGCACGGCCUCACGCAGGUCCCGUCGGGCAACAGUCAGCCGCCGCCGCAGCAGCAGCAGCAGCAACAGCAGCAGCAGCAGCAGCAACAGCAGCAGCCGGCCAACAACAACAACAACAGUAAGAUAUCGGGCCAGUCGGCGGCGGCGCAGGCGGCUGCCGACCGCGUGAAGCGCCCCAUGAACGCCUUCAUGGUGUGGUCGCGCGGCCAGCGGCGCAAGAUGGCUCAGGAGAACCCCAAGAUGCACAACAGCGAGAUCUCGAAGCGGCUCGGCGCCGAGUGGAAGCUCAUGAGCGACACGGACAAGCGGCCCUUCAUCGACGAGGCCAAGCGGUUACGGGCCGUGCACAUGAAGGAGUACCCCGACUACAAGUACAGGCCGCGGCGGAAGACGAAGACUCUGCUGAAGAAGGACAAGUACCCGCUCGGCGGCGGCAUCCUACAGCCGGACCCGUCGCGGUCCCAGGCGUCCACCAUGGCGCGCGACAUGUACCAGAUGCCCAACGGCUACAUGCCCAACGGUUACCCCACCUACGACCCGGCCGCAUACCAGCAGCAUGCCGCUGCCUACGGCAGCUACAUGACCAACCCGUACAUGACGGCCGGCGGCCAGUACGAGAUGGCCCGAGGCUACACCCCUCCCACCACCUCCAGCAUGGGCUACAUGAACGGCUCCAGUUACAACGUCAUGUACACCAACAGCCCCAGCCCGUACAGCGGCAUGCAGGCGGGCAUGGGCACAGCGUCGGCCAGCCUGCCGUCGCACUCGCCCAACAGCAUGCGCUCGGACACACCACCGUCGGCGACCGCCGCCGCGCCGCCGAUGAAGCGGGAGUACGGCGCGCCCCCGCAGCAGGGCGACCUCAACAGCAUGAUCAACAUGUACCUGCCGGCGCAGGCGGCGGCAGAGCAGGCGGCAGCGGCCGCCGCCGCCGCCAAGUACGCCGCCGAGCAGAAGUACAUGCCGCCCUACCACCACCAGAUGACAGGCAGCCCAGACGCCAGCCUGCCGCCGGCCGCCAUGACGCUGGCGCACCACAUGUGAGCGAGGCGCGCGCCGCGUGCC